AGGAUGCUUCACCACAGGUGAACUCUGGUCCACAGAUUCUGCUUUGGGACCACAUACUGCAGCAUUUUGUGUACACCUGAGCAUCCCUCACUCCAAUAAACUCUGCUGGGAGACCAGGGAAGGGCAAAUGGACAGUGCAGCUCAAUGUAAAUGCCAGUCCUUCUGCAGGGCAGACUGAUUCAUAGUAACUCCUUUAAAACAAAGGGGAACGGGGAACGACACCACCCUCCCACACCACCGGAGGAAACUUAAACCACCACCAGGUCACUCCCCUUCACUACAGCUCCGUGCUCCAGGACAUCAGCUCUGCAGCCCAGCACGCUCCUUGCUUCUACAGGUGCCAGCCCGCACGAGCUCUCUGUAUCGCUGACACCACCCAGAAGGGAUCAAGAUGUUGGUGCUACUGGCUGGUAUCUUCGUGGUUCACAUUGCCACUGUCAUCAUGCUCUUUGUCUCCACCAUUUCCAACGUUUGGAUGGUGGGUACUUACAACAAAACAGUCUCAUCUGGACUCUGGCUACUCUGCAACCAGACCUGUCGUGAGCUCCCAGUCAGUAAUGACGAUGCGGCUUCCCUCAAAACUGUGCAAGCCUUUAUGAUCCUCUCAAUCAUCUUCUCCGUCAUCGCGCUUGUUGUGUUCAUUGCUCAGCUGUUCACCCUGGAGAAAGGCAAACGUUUCUACAUCACUGGAAUCAUCAUGCUGGUUUGCUGGCUGUGCAUUCUGAUUGCAGUCUCCAUUUACACAGCCCGGUUCACAGGCCAGAUAUAUCCAUCCGUAACUUCUCACCAUGGCUACUGCUUCAUAUUGGCCUGGAUCUGCUUUUGCUUCAGUUUCAUCAUCGGCAUCCUCUACCUUGUUCUUAGGAAAAAAUAAGCCUGAUGAGAGUCCAGGGGAGAGGGUUGGCUACUGGGAAUGGGGAAGAAUUGCUCUGCUGAGAGAACUGUUGGGUCAAUAGACAGAAACAGCCACCACUAUCACCACUGCCACUACCACAGAAAAAUCACUAACAAAGCUAGAAUCCUCAGAAACUCCUUCACCAAAGGGAGGGAGAUACAGCUCCAACUGAUCUAGCACUCCAGGGGCUGUUGCACCAGAAACCUGCAAGUGACCCAGACAGCUCUUCUUUUCUGCAAAGUCAUGUCAUACCUUUACAAAGCUUCAAGGUCAGCAGUGAUGAUUGAAGGGCACCACAAAAACAAGGGCUACAAUCUUUUUCCUUUCCUAGAGCCCUUCUCACUUACUUUUCGGUGUGCCUUGUGGGUUGGGCAGUGAGGCUUAUGACCCCUUCUUUUGUCCAUUGAAGUAAAUGGGAUGGGCCUUUUGUUACAUUUUUAUAUAUAUAUAUACAUAUAUAUAUAUAUAUAUAUGCACAUAUGUGAAAGUUAAAGACACUUAACUGAGAAGCAACCAAAUCAGAAUCAAGUUAAAUUCAUGUUAAAAUAUCUGCAGAAAUGAGGCAGCAAUGUUUUUUGCUGUUCUGUUUACUGUUUGACAUUCCAAUGGUUGAAUCAGAUACAAGGAGGAAGGGCAAAUAUACAGGCAUAGAUAAUGGAGAGAGAGGGAGAGAAAGAGAGUGCGGGGUGAAGAUACAUAGGGGUUCCUAAUUACAGAGGAUGCAGUUGCUCAAUGAGGCACAUGCAGGGAGGGCAUCAUCUGGGUGUGUGUCUACAAUAAAAUCUUCUGGUCAGCUCCAGAGCAUGGUAACAGAACUGCAACAUUGCAGAUCUUUACUGAGACAAGUCCUCAUCUGUAGGCAAGGUUAUUUUUUUUCCACAUCACCCAGUACAUGGUACUAAUUGAGAACCCCACCUUGUGACACAGCAGCUCACCUCAAAGGCAGAUGAUACUGGUUAGCAGAUAAAAUACGUCCCCUAAUGAGAGGGCCAGUGAGUUCUGUUCUGUGCUGCACAACCUUAGGCCAGUUACUUAACUGCAUUCUUUUCCAUCUGCCAAAUUCUUGAUUAAAACGAUACCUACCUCCCAGGGUUGCUGAGAGAUUUUGUGUCCACUCUGUGUAAAGGUCCCCAUGUAAAGGUCCCCAUGUGAAAGGCUGGCAUGGGAAAGUGAGGCAUUGGUCCUGCUGCAACCCGCAGAUUUCUGUCAGUUUGAAGAAUCUCAUUCAGAAGUGGCAUUUGUAAGAGACAAGAGGUCAAAACUUCCUGUGACUCCAUCCACAACUAAAAGGCAGAAAGUAUGAAAAAACAUGCAGGUGCAGACUGUGCAUGGAUGCAGUUUACCUCUCUCUCUCUUUUUCUCUCUCUUUCUGUUACAUUUUCUUCUUAUGUAGACUUUAUCGUUUGGUGGAUAUAUUCUAGUACUGUAUGUUGCUGUUUCAUUAUUAACAAAGGUUGUUUCAUAUAUAGUCAUUGUAAAUAUUUUGAAAUGCAUAUUUUUAACUUUGAGGGUAUAAAAAUAAAAUCUGAUUCCCUUUAUUAUAAAUAAAGGGAAUUUGUUUUGC